AUGGAUACGCAACAAGUCCAAUCUUACCAGGAAGAUCCCAAACCCGCAUGCCUCAAAAAAGACUACACCCUCAAUCUCACCUUAACCCAGCUGAAUCACGAUCCUCAAACCCUCAUCAUGCCCUCCAAACCACCAAAAACAGAGUCAAACCCUUCGCCCAUCCCCGACACCAACCCCCAAAAAACCAGCACCCUCUGGCGCAGCAUCCGCCGCACCGUCUCUAAAACAGACGACGACGACGACGACGACAAUGAUGACGACGACGACGGCGCCAGCCCCUCAGGCAGCGAAACGCCAGCACGCAAAAGACGGCGAACAACCUCCCGUUCCUCACAAGCAGAAGCGCGCCUCUCCUCCCCCGACUUCGAAACGACAGUGCUACACCCGCGCGGCGUCCAAAUAAUCCCCUACAAAUUCCGCGCCAAGCGCACGACAGCAGCGCAGCAAUUCCGGGUGCAGCGGGCGCCCCAAGAGCAUAAAAGACGGUACUACGGCCAGCGGCCCGCGCUCCAGCACAGCCGCAUCUGGGCGAACGGCGGAGCAGCAACCGCGCACAAGCUCGCGCAGGCGUACGAGGCCGCGCAGCCGUGGCGCCUGAGCGCGCGCCGCUACGCCAACCUCGCGCUGCGCCACUUCUUUUCUGACGAGCUCUUGCAGCGCAAUCGUGCGGCGCGGCGCAUGUUUCUCUGCGAGCGCGUCGACGAGGAACCCCACCAGCCGGACUUCUACGCCGCGGGCGCCGCCGAGUCCGACUGGCGCUCGCUGCCCGUGCUCGACGCCGAAACUCAAACUCUCGAGAGCAAUAGCUUGCCCUUCGCCUUCGACCUCGUCCCCGACAGCGUCUACUGGCUCAACAUGCAGACGUUUCCUGCCCCCUGGGCCGAGAUGGCAGAGCGGAGCACCCACGUCCGCGACAACAGACUGCUGGCCCCCUACCUCAGCGUGACGUACCGGUACGCAGCGGCGGAGGAAGCCGCCCUGGCGCGCAAGCACGUCGCGUGCCUCGCGGCGCUGUGCGUGUACAAUCGCUUCGAACUGCGCGCGUUUGCGAAGCGCUGCCGCGCGGCCGAGCCCUGCUGGUCGGAGACCGACGUCCGCCUGACCCGCCAUUACGCCAUCACGCUCGUGGCGCAUAGGUACAAUGUCUUUGUUGCGGAAGCGAGGGUUGCGCGCGGUGGCGAGUGGCGCGGCGUGCUGGUCAAGUGGCUCGACAUGGGCGAUUUGAAGCUUGAGAGCUCGGUCGAGGCCCUUGUUGACUGGGUUAAUGAGAUCCAUCGGUGGGGGCUGACGACGUAUGCCGCGGCGGUAAGGGAGGACGUUGAGGCGCAAGGUGUUGUUGAGACGCGCACGCGCUCGAGGCCUGCGCGUGGGGAGACUAGAAGGGAAAGGAAGGAGAAGUGGGAGGAGGAGUCGGAGGAUCCGCUUGCGCUGUGCUCGUGA